AUGACGGCCCGCGGCCGCCUCUUGUGGCUCGGCGCGCUGCUCUGGCUGGCGGCUGCAGCUCCCGGGGCCCUGGCAGCUCGCCGCCCACCAGACGGCCCCUGGGCGCCCCUCAAGGAGGGCGCCACUGUUGCCGUCGUGAACGGGAGCUUCCUGCUUGCGGCCCUCUUCAACAACACGGGCGAUAUCAUGCUGUGCGACGACAUUAUCAUCAGCCCCAAGGACUGGCAGAUGUAUGAGCUGCCCAUAGUCAUAGACGCCCCCGGCGAGACCAUCCUGCUCCGCUCUGACUCCUCCAUCUUCAAGAAGAUGAUUGACUGGAGCUCCGCGGUCGGCCUGCUGGAGGUCACUAGCAACACCACGCUGGCGUUCAAUGGGAUAGACUCGCGAAACCCCGGCAACCGCACCCAGGGCAUCGAGCAGCUGGAGGUGGAGGUCAAGCGCUCGCCGCUGUGGCCCACAGUCACCGGGGAGGACGGCCACAGCGUGGUGGUGGACCGCAGCGAGGUUGCCAUGGACACAGCGAUGUGCAACCCGUCGUUUGUGCAGGUGGAAGUGGCGCGCAUCCAGGAGCAGAUGCACAGCAGCGAGGCGGUGACCUACUAUGGCGGUACCACCACGGGAUACCACCAGGUCGCCGUCCCCGCCCCGCUCUACGACACACUCACUAAGCAGCAGGUCGGCACGGCCGCCUACCUUUUGAACGACAUGAACAUCACCUGCUUUGACUCCGCCUACCAGCCCCCCGCCGGCAGCGGCACCCCCGCCUGGGUGUGGGCGGUGGUGGGCAGCGUGGCGGGCGUCGUGGCGCUGGCGGCGGCCGCCGCGGCCUUUGUGCUGUGGCGGCGCCGCCGCCGCGCGCAGCAGGUGCUGCACCUGCCCGCGGGGCGCGCCGACUCGGGGGACCUGGAGAAGGGGAAGCUGGGCGGCAGCUGCCACGGCCAUCUGUCCAAGGACGGCUCCGUGGCAGAGCUGCACUCCCUCGGCAGCGGCGCGCUUUCCAGCCUGGCCUCCCACCACGAACAGCUGGCCAUGUCGGGGCCAGCCUUCGGGGGGGUCAACCGCCCCUUCAUGCGGCCCCCGUUUGGCCCCAUUGACCGGCGUCAACUGGGCCGACCGGUGGGGCGCGGGCCCUUUGGCCCGCUGUACCGCGGGCGCUGGAAGGGCGCGGUGGUGGCGGUGAAGGUCAUCGACCACCGCGUGCAGCAGGGCAAGACGCACGACCUGUCCCGCGAGCCGCUGCUCAGCAUGAGCGUCAGCCACCCCAACGUGGUUAUCACACAUAAGAUGUGCGUAGUGAGGGUGGUCUCAGCCGCGGACGAGGACGGCGACGCCGAGCCGCCGUCCCCGGGCGGCUCCUCAGCUUCCAAGCCCCCCAGCGAGAGCGGGUCGGGGUCGGCGUCCGGCUCCGCCGGCGGCCAGCUCGUGCCCGCCCUGGGCGGCGACGGCAUGGUGGAGGUCGUGUCGCACGGCGCGGUGCUGCAGCCGGGCAUGUACGAGACCUGGCUGGUGUGCGAGUACUGCGACCGCGCCAGCCUGGCGGACCUGCUGGCGCGGGGCCAGCUGGCCGCCGCCGACGCGCAGCAGCGCCCCAUCUGGCUCCUGCUCUGCCUGCUGGACAUCGCCCAGGGGCUGGAGUACCUGCACUCCAACACCAUCAUCCACGGCGACCUCAAGCCCGCCAACGUGCUGCUCAAGGCGGCACGCAACGACCGCCGCGGCUUUGUGUGCAAGCUGGGCGACUUUGGGCUGAGUCGCAUGCUGGGGCAGGAGGAGAGCCAUGUGGAGACGCAGAGCUACGGCACCGCCUCGUACGCCGCGCCCGAGCUGCUGGCAGAGGGCAAGCUGACCAAGGCCGCAGACAUCUACUCCCUGGGAAUCAUCAUCUGGGAGCUGCUGACGGGAGAGGAGCUGUACCCGGGCCUGACUGCCAUGCAGGUCAUCCUGCAGGUGUCCCAGCACCGCGUGCGCCCCGACGUGCCGCCAGACUGCCCGCCCGCGCUGGCCGACCUCAUGCAGCGCUGCUGGAGCCACGACCCCUUGCUGAGGCCCGACGCCCAGCAGGUGGUGGAUGAGGUGCGCGCGCAGCUGAUGGCGCGGAGGCCGCAGCAGGCGGCAGCGCCGCAGCCGCCCGCGGGCGGCGCGUGA